CGGUGGACUUUUUCUUUUGACUCGUGACGGUGGAAGUCUUGAGGAACCAUAAAACGUAUCACAAAAACCGUGAAGGUGUUAAAUAUAAUGUUUGUUUAAUUUUAUAUACUUUCACCAUAAUUGAUCAUUAUUUUGUUGACCAUACAAAAGGUGUAGUAAUGGCAUUUCAAUCUCAACCACAUGUGAUGGCUGCAAAAAGUUGGUUGUAUCGACGGGUGUAAGCCGAUUUGAUGCUUACUGUACCGAAAACCAGUACUGUGUCGAGAACGCAGCGGGGCAAGCAAAAUGUUCAACCGAAAUUCCUGAAGGCUGUGAACCUACAACUACAAUAACACCCGAAGUUACCUCAGAUACCACAUUAAGUUCAAUGCCGUCAGAGAUUACUCCAAGUUCAACAAUUACAGAGGAAAUGACAACACCACAGCAAACGUCAGCAGUCGAAACAACUUCAGAAGUAAACGCAUCAGAUCCGUCUACAUCAGAAGUUACUGCAGUUCCUACGACAUCAGAAGAAAUAACAUCGGAGCACACGACAUCACAACAAGGUUCAACAUCUGAAGUGACUUCACAAUCAACAGACAAUCCUACUUCAUCCGAGGUUACUUCCAGUUCAACAAUUACAGAAGAAACUACAUCAGACCUAACGACACCACAACAGACAACAACAGCCGAAACGACUUUAGAAGUAACCACAUCAGAUCCGUCUACAACCGAAGUAACUGCAAUUCCAACGACAUCAGAAGAAAUAACGUCGGAGCACACAACAUCACAACAAGCUUCAACAUCGGAAGUGACUUCGCAAACAACAACAGACGAUGCUGCUUCAUCCGAGGUUACUUCUAGUUCAGUAAUUACAGAAGAAACUACAUCAGACCCAACGACACCACAACAAACAACAACAGUCGAAACGACUUCAGAAGUAACCACUUCAGAUCCUUCUACAUCAGAAGUUACUGCAGUUCCUACGACAUUAGAAGAAAUAACAUCGGAGCACACGACAUCACAACAACCUUCAACAUCUGAAGUGACUUCACAAUCAACAACAGACAAUCCUUCUUCAUCUGAGGUUACUUCUAGUUCAACAGUUACAGAAGAAUUGACUUCAGACCGUACGACACCACAACAGACAACUACAGUGGACACAACUUUAGAAGUAUCUACAUCAGAUCCGUCUACAACCGAAGUUACUGCAAUUCCAACGACAUCAGAAGAAAUAACGUCGGAGCACAUGACAUCAGAACAAGUUUCAACAUCUGAAGUGACUUCACAAUCAACAACAGACAAUCCUGCUUCAUCCGAGGUUCCUCCAGGUUCAACAAUUACAGAAGAAACUACAUCAGACCUAACAACACCACAACAAACACCAACAGUCGAAACAACUUCAGAAGUAACCACACCAGAUCCGUCUACAAUCGAAGUUACUGCAAUUCCAACAACAUCAGAAGAAAUAACGUCGCAGCACACGACAUCAGAACAAGCUUCAACAUCUGAAGUGACUUCGCAAACAACAAUAGACAAUCCUGCUUCAUCCGAGGUUACUUCUAGUUCAACAGUUACAGAAAAAUUGACGUCAGACCGUACGACACCACAACAGACAACUACAGUGGACACAACUUUAGAAGUAACCACAUCAGAUCCGUCUACAACCGAAGUUACUGCAAUUCCAACGACAUUAGAAGAAAUAACGUCGGAGCACACGACAUCAGAACAAGUUUCAACAUCUGAAGUGACUUCACAAUCAACAACAGACAAUCCUUCUUCAUCUGAGGUUACUUCUAGUUCAACAGUUACAGAAGAAUUGACGUCAGACCGUACGACACCACAACAGACAACUACAGUGGACACAACUUUAGAAGUAACCACAUCAGAUCCGUCUACAACCGAAGUAACUGCAAUUCCAACGACAUCAGAAGAAAUAACGUCGGAGCACAUGACAUCAGAACAAGUUUCAACAUCUGAAGUGACUUCACAAUCAACAACAGACAAUCCUGCUUCAUCCGAGGUUCCUCCAGGUUCAACAAUUACAGAAGAAACUACAUCAGACCUAACAACACCACAACAAACACCAACAGUCGAAACAACUUCAGAAGUAACCACACCAGAUCCGUCUACAAUCGAAGUUACUGCAAUUCCAACAACAUCAGAAGAAAUAACGUCGCAGCACACGACAUCAGAACAAGCUUCAACAUCUGAAGUGACUUCGCAAACAACAAUAGACAAUCCUGCUUCAUCCGAGGUUACUUCUAGUUCAACAGUUACAGAAAAAUUGACGUCAGACCGUACGACACCACAACAGACAACUACAGUGGACACAACUUUAGAAGUAACCACAUCAGAUCCGUCUACAACCGAAGUUACUGCAAUUCCAACGACAUUAGAAGAAAUAACGUCGGAGCACACGACAUCAGAACAAGUUUCAACAUCUGAAGUGACUUCACAAUCAACAACAGACAAUCCUUCUUCAUCUGAGGUUACUUCUAGUUCAACAGUUACAGAAGAAUUGACGUCAGACCGUACGACACCACAACAGACAACUACAGUGGACACAACUUUAGAAGUAACCACAUCAGAUCCGUCUACAACCGAAGUAACUGCAAUUCCAACGACAUCAGAAGAAAUAACGUCGGAGCACAUGACAUCAGAACAAGUUUCAACAUCUGAAGUGACUUCACAAUCAACAACAGACAAUCCUGCUUCAUCCGAGGUUCCUCCAGGUUCCACAAUUACAGAAGAAACUACAUCAGACCUAACAACACCCCAACAAACACCAACAGUCGAAACAACUUCAGAAGUAACCACACCAGGUCCGUCUACAACCGAAGUUACUGCAAUUCCAACGACACCAGAAGAAGUAACGUCGGAGCACACAAUAUCACAACAACCUUCAACAUCUGAAGUGACUUCACAAUCAACAACAAACAAUCCUUCUUCAUCUGAGGUUACUUCUAGUUCAACAGUUACAGAAGAAUUGACGUCAGACCGUACGACACCACAACAAACAACAACAGUCGAAACAACUUCAGAAGUAACCACACCAGAUCCGUCUACAACAGAAGUUACUUCGAUUCCAACGACAUCAGAAGAAAUAACGUCGGAGCACACGACAUCACAACAACCUUCAACAUCUGAAGUAACUUCGCAAACAACAACAGACAAUCCUGCUUCAUCCGAGGUCACUUCCAGCGCAACAAUUACAGAAGAAACUACAUCAGACCCAACGACACCACAACAAACAUCAACACAAGAAAUUACCUUCGAACAAACAACGUCGCAGCCCACAACCUCGCAACAACCAACAACACAAGAUUCUUCAGUAGAGACUACAUCAGCGGAGCUAACGACAUUGAAUCCUUCUACAACAACCAUAGCUCCAUCUACCCCGAGUCCACCAGACGAGGGAGCUAUUAUUUGUACUGCUCCCGGUUUGUUCCCAGACCCGAACGACUGCAGCCGUUACCAUUUCUGUAAUUAUCCAACGAAUGCAUAUUCUUGGGUUCAGGAAUGUCCACCUGGUUAUGCCUUCUACUACGAAUCAUUCACAGCGAACAUUUUCCCGUGCAGAAGCAUCGGUGAAUCGGUUAGUUGCUCUGCUAUCCAGUGUUCGCGAGGAUCAUUGUACGCUUCGCACGGAGUAAAUCGCAUGUUUUACGCGUUCUGCUUUACCAGUGGUCUAACGGGUAGCACCACCGCACUUAUGCUACGAUGUACCGAUGGGGCGUACUUCGAUGGUACGCGGUGUAUCUUCCAGUGUCCCGGUGAAGGGUUGUUCAUCAACUCGAACGAUCCGACCCAGUACUAUGCGUGCUAUUAUUCGACGGGUAAUCUCGUUUAUAAUUUGAUGCACUGCCCGGGAUCGAAAGUGUUCAGUCCAGAAAGAAACAUUUGUGUAUGACGAAUGUAUAGUUAUUAGCUUUAUUCGAUGGUUCAACCAAUAAAUGUAUAAUUUUUGAACCAACUUGGUAUUUGAUUGAUGCUGGAAUAAAUUCCACAUAUGCGGCGAGAUUGAAGACUAGCUCAUUUCGGUGUACUA